UAACUUACAUUCAUUCAGUAAGCUUGGUACGGUUAAGACCGCUAACUUGAUAACUCGCCACAAUGUGGCUCCUCAUCGUAGCUUCAAUCUGUUGGAAUCUUCCGCUUCCCAGCAACGCGCAACAUUCCACACCGAUCGUCAAUAUCCAAGGAUUGGGAUCCGUUCAAGGCUCAAUAGGCCACACUACGUGGACAAGUCGGACCAUCUACCAGUUUCAAGGGAUUCCUUACGCUCAGUCACCGGUUGGAACUCUGCGGUUUCAGCCUCCAGUGAAACGUCCCGGAUGGACCGGAACCCUAGACGUAUCCCAACCAAGCGUACACUGUCCACAAAUUACGGACCAGUACACCAACGUUGAGAACGAAGACUGUCUGACGUUAUCAGUUUACUCAAACAACCUCGACGAGGUCCGUCCGGUGAUGGUUUGGAUCCACGGAGGAUGGUUCUUCGCAGGAGGUGCCAACGAGUACCACCCAAACUACCUCCUCGAGGCCGACAUAGUCCUGGUGGUCAUCCAAUACCGGUUGGGACCGCUGGGAUUUCUGUCACUGCUGAACGAUCGAAUCCCCGGUAACGUUGGUAUUCUGGAUGCGAUCAUGGCUUUGGAGUGGGUGCAGCAACAUAUCGGACAUUUUGGCGGCAACGCCAAGCAGGUGACCGUGUUUGGAGAAUCCGCCGGAUCGGCUGCGGUAUCCGCGCUGCUGCACAGUCCACUGGUUCAGAAUCGACCAGAGCCGCUGUUCCAGCGGGCGAUCCUACAAUCCGGAUCGGUUUUCUCACCGUGGGCCAUGUGCGAUUCCCCGGUUCAGGGAAGCAUGGACAUAGCUAGGAGAACCGGCUGCACCGACGAAACCACCGUUGAACAGUGUCUUCAGCAAGCUCCGUUGAUCAACCUGCUUCAAGCAUUCGAAAAUCACCGAACGGACACCAUCAAGAGCGAUGGCUACCCAAGCGUCGCUGGAACGUGUGUAAUUGUCGGUGGACCGUCCGGACUCUUCCCACAGCAUCCGAAACACUACCUCGGAAGUGCUCCAAAAAACAUUACGAUCAUGGCUGGAACUACCUCCCAGGACGGAAUGUUCCUUCUGGAUGAAAUUUCCAAACUACAGCCGGAAUCACUUCACACGGCAAAGACUUCAUACGGGUUGAUGCAAUUCAUUAGAUUGCUCCAGGAAAAAUUCGGCCAAACCAAGUUGGACGGAACCCUCGAGACUUAUCAGAUCAUGGGAAGCUUCCUCAAGUCCGAGGUUGAUCAAGCUCAGUGGAAGGAUGUCGUCCCCGGUUUGAUCGAUAUCUGCGGCAACCACGGCAUCAAGGGCCCGGUGCUGACGGACGUCCACGCCGUAUCGGCCGUCAACCCGGAGAAUGUGUACCUGUAUAGCUUUGACUUUUACAGCGAGCGACCCAGGGCGGACCCGAGCUUCCCCUUUCCGCACGAGGGAGUGGUUGAGCAUGCCGAGGAUCUGUACUACCUGUUUCCGCGGACGGAGCUGAACGAGCGGGAAACCAAGAUGGCCAAAACUAUGGUGCGGCUGUGGAGUUCGUUCGCCACGGUGGGCAUUCCCGCCGCGAGGGACGUGCCGUACUGGCCGACGGCGGAUCGACUUUAUGGGCCAUAUUUGAAGAUCAAUGAAGUUUGUGAGCAGCGCAAUUAUUAUUUGAACGAAUUUUUCGCCACUUCGGAAAAAUUUCGAGUGUACGGAAGAGGCAGCAGUCAAUGCGGGAUUUCAGUUAUUACUGUUGUACUGUUGAUUUUGAUCAGUAGAUUGCUCUAAUAAAAUAAAAUUUCAAUAAACUAGCUGAUUAAAAAUCGUUUCAAAACAAAAACUGUUUUUUCAAGAUAGAUUUGGAUUCUUGAUUAAAUUUGAGAAAAAUAUUGGUUUGUGUUUUCAUAUCCCAAUAUCAAUUAGGCCAUUUAAAAUUACAUUCAAACAAUUUUCCAAGCCCAAUUCGAGAUGUUCUCCAUAAACCGAGGGGCAAUUUUUUUUUGCAAUUCACCCUCCACAACCUAACCCCGCCUUUAGGCGGCCUUCGAUCUAAAAAUUCUCCAAAAAAAUAUUUUUAACAAAACAUGCUCUAAAAGUAUUUGAAAGAAGAACUCUUUAAAUUUAAAAAAAAUUGGAGUUGGAAGUUUGAUUUGUUUAAUGUGACUUUGACAAUAUUAAUAAAAAUGACAUUUUUAAGGGGUCAUUUUUUUCUGUAUUUUACUAACAUUUUCUAUGUUAGGCAAAAAGAAGUAUGCAGUAUUUUUAGUAGUGUCCCAGACUACGCCUCUACGCAUUUUUUACAAUUUAAAUACAGUCAUCCCUCAUAUUCAGUUUACAGAUCAGCCAAUGUUCAAAAAAUCAUAGAAAAUCGAUAUUUGAACUUAAUGAUUUGCAUUUACCUUCAUUUGAAAGCUUUUCUUGCGAUCUAUCGGAUGCUGCAUCGCACAACUGCAAAUUUUAACUUUUAUAACAAGUUUUUGAAGGAAAACUUUAACCCUUGAAAUCCACAAAUUCGGGACACUUUUUUCUUACGGAUGUAAACAAACUUUGAUUCUCUCCAUGAGUACAUAUUUUUUACAACAUAAUGACUUCACGCACUGAAACCAACGAAACUCAAGCUUAGUUAUGAUUUAUGAAUGGUCUGAUAACAUUUUUUGUGAAAAUAUCAGUUAAAUUAAGGUGUUCCACAAUUGUAGGAGGCACAAUAACAUCCAACAAUUAUGAAACAAGCAAUUUGGAGGCAGUGUUUUGCUGCUCUGAAUGAAAUAGUCUUGAGAUGCAGUUUUUUGUUUUAAUAGUACACAGUAAAAAAUAAUGUAUAUUUGGGAGCUGUAAUUUUGGAAAGUUGAAUAUUACCUCUGUAAUGUUGUAAUUUUACCUCAAUUUGGACUGAAAAAGUUGCAUUACACCAGAGAAGUGGUAAAAUUACACAUUUCCAGAGGUAAAAUUACACAUUUUUUCUGACAUAAAAGAUGUACCCCUUCCAAGACGUAAUAUUACCUUGAUUUUUUUUGCUGUGUACUACUUUUACUGGUGAAAUAGCAAGAGAAUGUCCAAAUAAAGGUCCUAAAAAUAGUAGGGUCGACACAGAAGAUGCAUUUGGCAUGUUAUUGACAAAUUACCACAAAAGUGUUACGAAUUUGUGGGUGUUCCGAAUAUGUGGGAUGACUGUAAUAAUGGUGCCAUUCUAUAGCAGAAAAUGUGAAAAACGAACUAAAAAUUAAAAAGACUAUCAAAACAUUAAAAUACUAAAAAUAAAACAAGAAAAACAUAAAAUAAGAGAAGUAAAGUUUUUCGUAGAACAAAAUUUGCUUAAAAUGACCUACUGAACACGGGAAAAAUAAAAUAAAAUCGAAAAAAUUAAUAAACACGAAACAUAAUAUUUCAGUUUACCAAAUUUUUUAAACAUUACUAAAAUGUUAUGCAAAAUAUCAAAAUUUCGCAUUUUUUUCGGAUUCAUGAUCCGAAAAUUCAAAAUUUGUAAAAAAGCCGAUUUAAAAAAGUUGUAGAUGGCUUACUGCAGUUUGAACCAUUUUUGAAAUAUUUUGUAAACAAAAUCUACCAGCUUUUGUAAACAUGCUCAAUUUUGGUCUAAAAAAAAAUAUAUAUAUUUUUUUUAAUAACUACUCACUCAACUUGUUGUAUUUUGAGCACAAAGUUCAGGCUUUAUGCCAAAUUGCUAUAACUGAUAGAAAAUCAUUUUUUUUAUGAAAUAAACAACAUUUUGCUUACGAUUUCUUCAAAAUGAUAAAAGGGAGGGAUUUUUUCUGAAUUGAAUAUACUUUAUUGAAUCUUUCUUAUAAUAAUAACAUUUGAUUUACAUAAUAAGUGGUCAGCUGUGGCUCAUCAGCUUUAGUUUGCUUUUCGUGAUUUAAACACUUUAAAAGUAUAUGAUUUAUCAUUCUUGUAACACAAGGUACAAUAAGGAAAAAAAUGUUAGGAAUACAUAACCUAACCUAAAACUAACUUAAACUUACAAUAUCUAAUCUAAUCUAACUAACUUAAACUUACAAUAAACUAAAAACUGAUAAAAGAGGGAUCAAGUUACCCCUAACAUUAAAAAAAAAAAACGGCUAAAACAUAUUUUUUGGCAUUUCCGUCGUGAAAC